AUGGCAAUCUGGGCAAUUGUGCUCAAUAAAUACACCGCAUCUCAUGCUGUGACAUUCGCCAUCCACAGUAACGAAGUUCAUGAUGGUGCACCAACAAUAUGCGACGUCUCUAUUGAGCCAGAGACGUCCAGCUUUGACCUACUGAUGGAUCAUUCGGCACUGGCUACUUUUGCUACGGCCCUACCCAGCCAGCUCACCUGUAAUACUGGCGUUAUUGUUGACAUGCAAGAUGACAACAGCAUUCAAUCUCUUCGUCCAUUGCAAAUUCUUCUGCUUGCAAGCACGAAAUCCCCUGAGGUCUGCCUGUCAUACUCGUCGGACGUUCCCUCAUCACACGCAGACAACCUAGUUUCGACUGUCGAGCAAAUCAUCGGGGAGAUUUUACAAAACCCGUAUCAAGCAAUCAAAGACCUUGAUCUUUUCAGCGUCCGCAACCGUCAUCAAGUCCAUGAAUGGAACCGUCACACGACGCCCAGCGAUAUGGUUUUGAUGGUUGACCUAAUCCGACAGCAUGCAUCACAACGAUCAACCCACGAAGCCGUUUGUGCCUGGGACGGGUCACUCACAUACGCCGAACUUGAUAGUAUGACCACUCAGUUGGCAUACCACCUACGUGCGAUGGGCAUUGCGGAGAAUGAUAAAGUGUUGCUUGGUUUUGAGAAGUCGAUGUAUGCAAUUGUUGCUUUUUUAUCCAUUCUGAAAGCAGGCGGCAUUUUUGUUCCUGUCAGUCCCGCUUAUCCAGUGGAGCGUAUGCAAGCAAUUAUCGAUACAACUCAGCCUCGUCUUGCUCUUACCUUGCCGGACGCUACAUCAGUCUUCGAAAGCUUCCAGGUGUCAGCCCUAGGUCUCGAUUCCACUCUGAUCUCCAAAUUGUCGAUCCAAGGAGAUGAGAGUCCACUUCCUCCAUCUGACCCACAGCGCGUGGCAUACAUUCUUUUCACCUCUGGCAGCACAGGUCGCCCCAAGGGUUGUACCAUACGGAACCAGGCACUGGCGACUAUGACCAGCCAAGGACCACCAUUUCGCAUCUACCCGUCCAGCCGUGUGUUUCAAGUUGCCCCAAUCAUCUUCGCCGCCUCUUCAGUUGACAUGUUCCUGCCUCUACUCACUGGAGCAACCGUCUGUAUUGCCUCAAUGCACGACUUCAUGAAUAACCUGGCCGCUACGAUGAAACAGCUCCAGGUGACCUGGGCCUGUAUGACCCCGUCCGCAAUCACCUCCGUCAGUCCCUCAGAUCUGUCGGGACUACAGACUCUGGGCUUGGUCGGCGAGCCCGUCAGUGAUGAUUUGCUCAACAAGUGGGCAUCUUCGGUGGAUCUUCUGUCAGGCUACGGUCUCUCGGAAAUUGUGGGUGCCGGGUGCAUCUCCUCUCUCAAGAUAGGAAUGCACCCUCGUAACAUUGGCCACUCUCCUACAGCACACAUCUGGCUUGUAGAUCCGACAAACAUCAAUAAGCUUGUCCCGGUAGGUGCAAUUGGUGAAAUGUUGAUCGAGGGGCCUAAUCUUGCCUAUGGGUAUCUUGAUGACCCUCAGAAGACGGCCGAUACAUUCAUCGGGGCACCAGAAUGGAUUCAAGAUUUCUAUCCAGGACAGGGUCGACGUAUCCUAAGGACAGGCGACCUCGCUCGAUACCAUUCCGAUGGUUCUAUCGUGUAUGUCGGUCGCAAAGAUACACAAGUUAAGAUUCGUGGGAAACGGGUCGAGCUGGGAGAGGUUGAAAGCGUGAUUCACCAAAACCAAGCACCCGGCGACACGGUAAUUGUGGAAGCGGCAGCUCCGCUGGACGGGGACGGCACAUCUAUGUUGAUCGGUUUCAUCCAAACUUCUGGAAGAGGAUUUGUAGAUUCCUCUUCACUUCUAGGACAGCCAGGUCCAAAUUUCCAGAAAGAGACAUCGCGCCUUGAUCUUCUGGCUCGUGACGUAUUGCCAGAGUACAUGAUACCAAGCAUAUACAUGCCACUCAAUCGCAUUCCCAAGACCGCCUCUGGGAAGACUGACCGGCGCGCUUUGCGGCUCGAGGUCGCCGGCAUGACUAGACAGCAGGUUGAAGCCUACCAAGAGGUGGGUGAUAGACCGCAGGUUCAACCUCGGAAUGAUGCAGAAAAGUCUGUACAUGCAAUGUUUUCUCAAAUUUUGAAACGCGAACAAGUCUCAUUUGGGAUUGAUGACCAGUUCCUCCAAUUGGGAGGCGAUUCCAUCAGCGCUACUACUCUCGUUCAACUGUGUCGAAAGGCUGGGUUCGCUGUCAAGGUUGCUGAUAUCAUGAAAUCUGGCACAGUGGCCAAGCUUGCCCAGAUGGUCAAGCUCUCCACGCAGCCCGUUGCUGAAAGUGAUAAGAGACAAGUGGAAGUUUCUAAUGCCGCUACUGCUCCCCCUACUUCUAUAGUGUCCAUUGCUGUCGUAACGGAGCAACUGAAUAGUCUUGGAGUUGCCACUCAAGAUGUGGAAGCGAUAAAUCCUUGCUCCUCGAUGCAGGAUGGUAUUUUGAUGAGCCAGCUAAAAAGCCCCAAACAAUAUGCACUGCGAAUCUUAUAUAAGGCCGAGCUUUCAACAGCAUCGUCGGAAAUAGAGCUCGGUCGACUUCAAAAGGCAUGGAAAUUACUGGCUCAAAGGUACCCCAUGCUGCGAACGAUUUUCGUGACUAAUGUGACACCCAGCAUCUUUGCGGUGCAAGUUCAGUUGAAGAACGGUUCCAUGCCACACAUUCAUGAAAUCAAGGACAACUUGAAACCAAGCGAUAUUCUCGACCAACACCAGGAGUCUCAGCGUCCAAGCACAUUGCCUCAAUUCCAUUUAUACGUUACCCCAAGCGGGCGGGUCAUCGUUGAGCUUGAACUGUCUCAUGCAGCUGUUGAUGGUAUUUCCAUGUCGAAAAUAGUUCGCGAUCUAUGCAGACUCUACGGCGAUGUAGAUUUUUCUUCUUCUUCUUCUUCUUCUUCUUCUUCUUCUUCCUCUGUCUUCAAAUUUGCAGACUACGUUGAAUACCAACGGAAGACAUCUACUGAUUCCCUUGCCUACUGGAAGCAAUACCUCGAUAGCAUGGAACCAAGCCGGUUUCCCACAACCAGAGAUGAUACUCUAGUUUCCUCGAAAGAGUCUAAUCAUACAUCCCAAUUCAAAUCAGUGCCUGUCGACCUUGGUCCAACUGCAGGGUAUCGAAGGUUCGCCCGGGAAACCGGGACCACCGUGGCAAAUAUCGUCAAACUGGCAUGGUCCCUUGUUCUGCAUGUAAUGUGCCGCACAGACGACGUCUGUUUUGGCUAUCUGACCACGAGCCGUGACGCUCCUGUUCAAGGCGUGUUAGAAGGUGUUGCGCCUCUCAUCAACUUACUGGUGUUUCGGCAGCGGCUUGAUCAGCAGUCCACCGUGGCACAGGUCUUGCAGUCCAUCCAAGCCGAUUUCAUCUCUAGUCUGUCCCACAAAGGCAUCUCCUUCAGCGAUAUUCGCCGUGCUUUAGACUUUUCCAGUGACGAGGUCAUGUUCAACACUUGCAUCAGUCAUUUCCCUGCCAUUACCCUCCAUGAAACCGACAACUUGCCGAUCCUACUUCGCCAAGUGGGACGCCAAGAUCCUACUGAGUUUGAUCUUUCCCUCGAGGUCAUGGAGUCGGCGACUGAACUCGAAACAUCCAUCAAAGCAUAUACUGGAAUAGUUCCACUGGAGCAGAUGGAACAAGUGUCGACGCUCUUUGGACACUUGAUGAAGACCAUUCUCAGGGCUUCUGGUAGCCCAUUGGAACAACUAGACUUAGUUCCUGAGAAGGACCUUGCCACAAUUGGGCAUUUGAACAGGAGUAUUAACAACCGACCUGUCGAAAAUUGCGUUCACGACAUCAUCUUGCAACAGAGCCAAGAUCAGCCUGCAGCACCGGCUAUCUGUGCUUGGGAUGGAGACUGGACUUAUGGCGACUUGGAUCUCGUUUCUUCAUCUCUCGCGCAGGAAUUACAGUCACAGUGUGUUGUGCCCGAGACCUUUGUACCAGUGCUGAUGGACAAGAGUCGCUGGGUGCCCAUUGCUCUACUUGGAAUCCUCAAGGCUGGAGGGGCUUUUGUUCUUCUCGAUCCCACGCAGCCAAUCCAGCGACUGCAAGAUAUUUGCGUUGAUCUAAAGCCCAACACCAUCUUAGUAUCGCCAAAUUACCACGCCACUGCCGCUUCCCUUGUCAGCAACAUUGUUGUUGUUGGAAACGAGCAUCUUCCAAUUCUUCAAUCUUCCAACCUCAACAAGGUUUCCAAGGUACCAGUUCACCCAGGAAAUGCAGCAUAUGCUGUCUUUACUUCUGGCUCGACCGGAAAGCCAAAAGGAGUGGCCAUCACGCAUAAAUCUCUGUGUACCAGUGCAGCUGCGAUGAUGGAGCAUUUGCCAUUGAACAAAGACACGCGAAUGCUUCAGUACGCGUCACAUGCUUUUGAUGUGAGCGUUCUAGACCUCACUUUAUGUCUUAUGGCUGGAGGCUGCUUAUGCAUUCCAUCAGCCGAAAAUAGACAAAACCGGCUAACGGAAAGCCUGAACGAGUUUUCUGUGAGCCUCGUCGCUCUUACUCCAACUGUCACUCGAACUAUCCAGCCAGAGCGCUUGAAGUUUCUGAAAACUCUGAAAGUCAGCGGAGAGGCGCUCUCAUCGUUUGACAUUCAACGGUGGAAGACUGCAGCACCUCACAUCCAGAUAGUCAACAUGUAUGGCCCUGCAGAAUGUACAAUCAACUCGACUGUUCAAGGCCCUAUUGAACUGGAUUCAUACUCUUCAAACAUUGGAUAUCCGUUAUCGAGUGCGACUGCAUGGGUCGUUGAUCCAAAGAACCAUCACAGACUGCUUCCUAUGGGGGUCAUUGGAGAACUUGUGAUUCAGGGUCCUGUUGUCGGCCGUGGUUACCUUAAUCGACCUGAGCAGACAGCAGCAUCAUUUAUAUUGCCUCCAAGCUGGUUUUCACGGUUUAAGCAAGAUGUCUCGGAUGAUCAGAGACUUUACAAAACAGGAGAUUUGGUUCAGUACGCCGCAGACGGCUCAAUGCAUUACAAGGGACGUAAAGACUUCCAGGUUAAACUCCGCGGCCAACGACUUGAGCUAAGUGAAGUCGAAGCGCACCUUCGUCGAGUGUUCCCCGAUGCUUCCGAUGUCAUUGCCGAGGUAACAUCUUUGAACCAAGGAAAAACCUCAGCCCUAGUAGCAUUCAUCCACCAAAAAGGCUGCAACGAUAACGCGAACUCGAUUGGGUCUUCUAAGACGGAGACUAGGGAUACCAGUCUCAAUUUACUGCAUGUCCCUUCUGAGUCCUUUGAUAAGGCAGUUACACACGGGAGAGUUUUGUUGGCUUCCUCUCUUCCAAGCUACAUGCAGCCCAGUAUCUAUCUGCCGCUCGUUCGGAUUCCCAGAUCUCGGAGUGGCAAGGCUGAUCGUAGCCAGUUGCGACAGAUUGUCAGUUCUGGACUUCAUGAGUACUGGGCUGGUGAUACAAACACAGCGAACAUGUCACAGAGACCGAAAACUGAGAUGGAAGUCAUACUGUGCUCUGCUGUUGCUGGGACCCUAGGUCUGUCAGAGGUAGACAUCAAUGCAAAUGACAGUUUCUUCCGCCGUGGAGGUGACUCGGUUGCAGCAAUGAUGUUGGUCGGGAGCUUGCGAGAGCAGGGUUGCCAUCUCAGCGUCGCAGACAUCUUCGCGUACCCUCAGUUGGACAUUCUGGCUACCAAAAUAGACCGUGCGCUACCCUCGAGUGUUGUCAAAGUCCCUCCACCUUUCUCUCUCCUCGGUGAAAAUACUGAAUCCCGUCAAGCGGCCAUCGAAGAAACAAUGGAACAGUGUGCCGUUACUCAAGAAGAGAUUGAAGAUAUUUACCCUUGUUCGCCACUGCAACAUGCCUUCUUCAUGUUCAGCAGUACUCGCGAGAAAGGCACGCUGAUCGCACAGUUUGCUUAUAAUCUCCGACCAGAGACAGAUCUUGCUAGGCUGCAAAAAGCCUGGAGCGAGACCACAAAAGCACAUCCGAUGUUGCGAACUCGAAUCAUUCAAGUCGAUGGCAAAUCCAGCUUGCAUCAGGUGGUUCUCAGUCGCGCAGCAGAAAUUGAGCACCAUGACUCGGAUGAGCCAGACUAUGUCCCUGACCUGUCAAUUGAAGUUGCGCCAGGUAGUCCACUUCUACGAAUUGCUGUAGUGCGCAGGUCAUCUCCCCAACAGUAUCACCGGCUUGUUGUCACCUUACAGCACUCCCUAUACGACGGAUGGUCUCGAGCAUUGUUCAUGCAGGAGCUCGAGCGAGCCUAUUCUGGUGUUGCCUUGCAACCUCUCCCUGUCUCCUCAUUUAUUGGACAUCUAGGCCAAACCGAAGAGGGAGCAAGGCAGUUUUGGACAUCAGAGCUGACGAAUCUUCGAAGCACCAUCUUCCCUUAUAUUCCCUCAGGUUACACGCCCCAUCCUAGUUCCACAUUGGUUCAGAAUGUUUCUAUUCCAAACUUCGCUUCUCUCCAGAUCACACUAUCAACCAAGAUUCGGUGGGCCUGGGCUCAGACCAUAGCAAUCCAGACUAGCAACUCCGAGGUGGCAAUGGGCUUAGGAACAGCCGGACGAGGAACUCCAGUUGCAGGAAUUGAGAAGAUGGUCGCGCCAACAAUGGCCAUCUUCCCCUACCGACUCCACAUAAAUCCGAAACAGCGAGUGAUCGACGCUCUCCACGACUCUCAGAAACAUUACAGCCAGAUCCUGCCGCAUGAACACUACGGCACACCAAAUAUAUGUCGCGCCGCGACAGGCCCGACUUCCCCGGCUGCACUCCAAACACUUUUGAUUGUUCAGCCGCAAGGAGAACAAAGUCCUUCUUCAUUGUAUUUCGAAGAAGAGAUGCUUCCUCAGACGGGAGCAUUCCAUGUACGUGCGCUGACAUUGCAUUGCCACCUUCACGAAAAUUCUGUCGAGACUGUCGCGUGUUAUGACGACAAAGUCAUUUCGGAGAAGGAAAUGCUUCGCCUACUUGCUAUGUUUGAUUUGAUCUUCCAGCAGGUCUGUCAGGAGCCUAGCAUGCUAGUUGAAGAGUUAAAGAUUGUUCCAGCUCAGGAGUAA